AUCCUAAAUGCCCUGAUACUGGUAGUUCACAUGAUUUCUGGCCCCAGCCCUGUUUCCCACCCCCUCCCCGGUGUUUAUCGUGGUAGGGGUGACCCCACCAUCUGCCCAGGGCUCGGCUGGACCUCGGGGCCCUCCCUGUUCUCAGCCCACCCCACCCCUCCGGCCAGCUCGGCUUCUGUCUGUCUCUCCCACAGCAUCCCGCGGCGUUGCCAUGGUUGUGGCUGCAGCAUCUGGAACCUGAACUGUUGCCACCACCUCCAGAUCGAUGAGUGAAUUGUCCUGACCACGUCGCAGCUGAAAACAAUGUUUUAAAAAUGUUUGUUCCUUCAGGAGCACUGGAUGACCUGGCACUUGGCCUCAUUCAGUAGCAUUGGUGCUUGCGAGAGGGUGCUUAUUCUUGUUACCCCUCGUUGUGUUUGUUCUGGAUUUUGAUUGUGUAGAGAUCCUAUAGUAGUUACUUGGGGCAUCCCAGAGGCCCUGGUGGACUCUGGUUCUUAAUUUUUAAACAGACCGUUGCUCAUUUAAUUUAACCGAGCGCUGGAGAGAGGUGAUAGGGCAGAAGGCAGGAUGUGCUUCUGGCAUAAGUUGCUUCUAUGCUUUCCACCAUGAAACAUCAGGAUAAUUAGGUUAUUUUCUCCUUGCCCCAGGUUUGUGAAGUUCUCUAUGCCCAGUGUUCCUGACUUCGAGACGUUAUUCUCGCAGGUUCAGCUUUUCAUCAGUACUUGCAACGGGGAGCACAUUCGAUACGCGACAGACACUUUUGCUGGGCUUUGCCAUCAGUUAACAAAUGCACUUGUGGAAAGAAAACAGCCCCUGCGAGGAAUCGGUGUCCUUAAACAAGCCAUAGACAAGAUGCAGAUGAACACAAACCAGCUGACCUCAAUACACGCUGAUCUCUGCCAGCUUUGUUUGCUGGCAAAAUGCUUUAAACCUGCCCUUCCAUAUCUCGAUGUGGAUAUGAUGGAUAUCUGUAAAGAGAACGGAGCCUAUGAUGCAAAGCACUUUCUAUGUUACUAUUAUUAUGGAGGGAUGAUCUAUACCGGGCUGAAGAACUUCGAGAGAGCACUCUACUUUUUUGAACAGGCUAUAACUACUCCUGCCAUGGCAGUCAGCCACAUCAUGUUGGAAUCAUAUAAAAAGUAUAUUCUAGUUUCUUUGAUAUUACUUGGCAAAGUACAACAGCUACCGAAAUAUACGUCUCAAAUCGUGGGUAGAUUCAUAAAGCCCCUUAGCAAUGCAUACCACGAGUUAGCGCAAGUUUAUUCCACCAAUAAUCCCUCGGAACUCCGAAACCUGGUGAACAAGCACAGCGAGACGUUCACACGUGACAACAACAUGGGGCUGGUGAAGCAGUGCCUGUCGUCUCUCUACAAGAAGAACAUCCAGAGGCUGACCAAGACAUUUUUAACACUAUCAUUACAAGACAUGGCGAGUCGUGUGCAGUUGUCUGGACCUCAGGAGGCAGAAAAAUAUGUCCUACACAUGAUAGAAGAUGGCGAAAUUUUUGCAAGUAUUAAUCAGAAGGAUGGUAUGGUCAGUUUUCAUGAUAACCCUGAAAAAUAUAAUAACCCAGCCAUGCUUCAUAACAUUGACCAGGAGAUGCUGAAGUGCAUCGAGCUUGAUGAGCGGCUGAAGGCCAUGGAUCAGGAGAUUACCGUGAACCCCCAGUUCGUGCAAAAGAGUAUGGGGUCACAAGAAGACGAUUCAGGAAACAAACCAUCCAGUUACUCUUGAAACUAAUAUCCAUCCUGAGAUAAACACAAGAGACCGUUACCCUGGCCAGUGACAGGUGUUAGGAGAGCAGCAGAGAGGACCGAGACUGUUUCACCUGGACGUUGAGAAAUGCGUUUGCUUUGUCAUCUCCAGUCCUGUAUGCUUUCAGAAAACCAUUCUCUCUGCAAAGAAAGGGAAAAAAAAUCUCAAACUUUAAACUCUGUUGUGGAUUUAUUUAUCCUCAGAUUAAUGUUGUUAUUGCAUUAAAUCUACCUUUUUGUUUUAAAUUA